AAUUUCUCCUCAUCCUACUUCUGCUGCUGCUGCUGAUUCUUCUACUUUCUGCUUCUGCUUCUGCUUCUGCUGCUGACGAUUUGCUGUCCUGACAUGAAUCCAAGCAAAGUGGAAGAUGAAAUCUUCAAUCAUCACCACCACCACAGUCACUUGGGGCCCCCGCAUCAUAUUAUAGUAGAUCAUCACCACCAUCAUCAUGGCCAAUCUCAGCCGUCGGUAUCGGUAUUCGACGGCGAACAACCCGACGAUGAAGCUUUUCACUUUGAAAUGGGUCUCUUCCGCGAGGACGACGAGGAUGACAUCAGCCAGAACUCAUCCGACGCCGAAAUUCCCCAAAUUCAACCUUCCCUUAACCCUAAUUUACCCACUCCACCUCCGCCCCUUUCUCCAAACCCUAACCCUAAUAACCCUAGUGGCAGCAAUACCAACGGCGUCGGAAAGGUGAAUCAUCAUAACCAUAACCAUAGUCGUGAUCAUCAUACCCCGCCGCCGACGUACAUUAGCCCCGAGCCUCAUAUUUCCUCCCAAUUCUACACUUUCAACAAGGAGUCUCAUGCUUUGAUGCUGCAAUGCCUCCGCGAAGGCCGCCCAGCUACGCCCGAGGAGAUCCGCGCCGCUACGCCAGUUCCUGUGCUUUCCAGCUGGCGGUCGGUCUGGAAGGACCGGAAUGAGGACACGGCGUACCUCACUGCGUGGAAGAGGAUUCAGGACAAGCUCAAUAUUCAUGUCAAUCCUACCAACGGUAAUGAAUUUCUCUGCUUCAAGAAUAAUUCGAAUCAAUUCGUUUCCCAUGUUGAUCAGUGGCAGGACAUUGUUAUGAACUUUCACUGCGAUGCGGAUUUUAAACACCUAGGGUUAAAGGAAACUGUAGACCGAAUUAAACAAACCUGGACUGUAGGUGCUAAGUUUUAUGGAAUUCCUGAGAGUUAUAUUAGGACGUGUGUUUCUGCAUGCCCCAUCUGCUCGGAUGAGUCAUCAGGGUGCGCACCGCGUAAUAAAAGGCGUAGAUUUGAGUAUACAGAGUCAUUUGAGGUACCAGCUAAGGAAGUACCCGCUCGGCUGCAACAGUUAGCUGCUAAACAUAAAGUUGUGUUGUGUAUAAGACAGAAAUAUAUAAGGUAUAAGCCAUUUAUGGCAGAGGUGAAAGAUUACGCAUGUCAUAGGGCUGGUGAGCCAGCAUCUUCAAAGAAAUCCAGGAUCUUGAAGCGAGAGCCGUAUGCGUCUAAGCGCUGUGGAUGUGGGUUUCGGAUAAGGGCCAUCGUGCCAAUUUCAAAUUACAAUGAGAAGGAUAAGACAUUUGUUUAUGAGGAAGAGGGAACAGCUGUAUUUAAGUUGUAUGCAAAGCAUUCUGGACACGAGCCUGGCCCACUUGAUGGGAACGCGAGGAUUAUGCAUCGUGUUGUGGGGCAUAAAGGGGGAGUUAUGAUGGAUCAGGAUGCAGUGUACGGGAUGGGUGAGGAAGCAGAGAAUGAGACUUUUGUUUUUUUGGGCAAGGAUGAUGGUGAUCUGCAGCAAGCUGUUUUUCAGCAGGUGCAGGAAUUAAGAAACGAGGUUGGGUUGCUUGAGGCAAAAAUUGGGAAAUUACCAGCUGAAUUAUUGUCUUCUGUAUCUCGUGAUUUGUUUGAUAUUGUGCACAAGCUUAGAAAUGUUGGGGACUAUGGCCCUAAAUCACUGGAUUUGCUUUCAGACAAACAUGAUUCAGAUGGUGUGCUGGUGGGAGAGAACGAUUUGGCCGAGUGGACUGAACAUCACCACCAGAGGCUCUAUGGGGAUGGCAAGGAUGUGGAUCUACUUGAUGAUGAUGAGGACAGCUUUGGAAGAACCCUUGGUGAUGUUGUUCCUUGGGAUCCAAUGAGGACUGACUGUAGGACUGAGAAGGAUCUGCUCAGUGAAACUUGUAAAGCGGAAAAAUGGUUGAAUCCAGGUGAGUUUGACGAGAAGAGUAUCCUUGACUGUGGGGAUUCCAAGCUGACUAAGCCCUUAAGGCAUGAUGAGACUAUAGAUCCGGAUGUAGGUCUUGCUUUACAGGUAGACAACUUCUAUCCUGAAAAUCCGAAGUGGUUUGACUCCCCUUGUGGCUUGGACUCUGGUGCAGAUUGUGGCGAUGGAGAAUUCAGGCCUGGGGGGAUUGUGUAGAAUUUAUUCAUCUGGUGAAACUUACUCCAACUUAUUUGAGUUUUCGGGUGCCAUUCAUCCAUCUCUCAUCCUUGGAAGUGGGUUGUAUAGUUGUGUAGACUGAAGAUUGAAGCUUCUCACAGCCUUCUGGGUCUGUGCUUCAUGUAAUUCUGUAAAGUAUAGCCAUUAGGCUUCUUUGCACAUACCUUUAAUGACUGUUCUUAACUUGGCUUUAAGUUCUUUUGCGGAGAUUUCAAAUCUAAAACUCAGUUUCUCUUA